GCACACUGAGCCUUAAAUUGAAACAAACACAAAGCACAUACAUCGAAGAAGCAAGCAAACACACCCUAUUCCCAGUUAAUGGGGAGAUGGAAAGCUGUUAACUUUGUAGCUCAUAUUAUUAUUACAAAAUCUAGAUCAAUACCACAUAUCAACAAAACCCCACUUCACAAAAUCUGUAAUUUUUCAUCAAGUUUAGCACCCAAGAUUCAAUUCUUGAAUUUCAGGUCACUUUCUGCAGCUCCACAAUAUGUGGAUGAUUUUGAAUAUAACCAACAUAAUAAGCUUGAUAAUACUUACUCUUUGGAGUCUAAAGAUGAUGAGGAAAUUGGAAAAAUUCCCAUCAAAGCUUAUUUCCUUUGCACAAGUAUUGAUUUGAAGCGCAUGCAAGCUGAAAAUACAAGAGACGUUCUUCCGUCAUCCUCCCGUUCACCCAAUCAUAUUGCCCUUAGAUUUUUCAAUCUUCUACCAACAAAUACUGCCCUUAGAUUUGGAGAAAAUACAAAUGUUUGCAGUUGUAUGGUUGUAUUCCAGUAUGGUGCAGUUAUCCUGUUCAAUGUGGAGGACGAUGAAUCUGAGUACUACUUGCAAAUUGUGAGAAGAUAUUCAUCUGGGUUGCUUCGUGAGAUGAAAAAAGAUGAUUAUGCUGUAAAAGAGAAGCCAUUGCUGGUUGAGGAUAUGCAGGGAGGUGCAGAUCACAUAGUUCUGAAAAAUUUGGACACAGAUAGUAUUCGUAUAAUUAGCAGUGUGCUUGGCCAAAGUAUUGCCCUUGAUUACUUUGUCUCACAGGUUGAUGGUAUGGUUGAAGAGUUUGCUGGGAUAAAUCGUGAAAUGGAGAAAACGGGCACUUUCACAAUGAAGAGGAAGAAAUUGUUUCAACUUGUGGGCAAGGCUAAUUCAAAUAUAGCUGAUGUAAUUUUGAAAGUAGGUAUCUUUGAGAGAUCUGAAAUUGCUUGGAGAGAUGCAAAAUAUGCUCAGAUACUCGAGUAUAUGAGGGAGGAAUACGAGGUCUCACAACGUUUUGGGAACCUCAACUUCAAACUAAAGUUUGUCGAGCAUAACAUUCAUUUUCUUCAGGAAGUUCUUCAAAACAGAAAGUCGGAUCUACUAGAAUGGUGCAUCAUCGUUUUGUUAGCUGUAGAGAAUGUGGUAUGCCUAUAUGAGAUUAUUAGGGAGUCAGGUACAAUGUGAACAACAACACAACCAUAUUCAAUUGCUCAGUAGCAGUAAAGAGUGACAAUGAAACAUGAUAGGAUCAACAUAGCGGAUGUCAAAGAAAGAAACCACAUUUCUGGUCAUUCAUAUUUCAGUUUUAAUUUUUAUACAUCAUUGUGAAUUAGUGAUGAUCUAUUCUUUUUUGUUACAAAAUUAAAUUAUUCACAUUAUAUAAGAUUUUUUUUCGUUGAUAA